GAGGACAUCAAAUGAAACUAUACAGAAAUGUCUUUGUGCAAAUCAGAGAUUGAGCACGUACACAAGGUUCUCUCAUUAAUGCUGAAAAAUUUGGAGUGUCCAAUAUGCUUGGAAUUGAUGAAAGAACCAAUUUCAACAAAAUGUGAUCAUCGGUUCUGUCGGUUCUGUAUAUUCAAGCUUUUUGGGACGAAAAAUACAAUACCGUGCCCACUUUGUAAGAACGUAAUUACCAAGAGAAGUCUGCAGGAAAGCACACGCUUUAAACAACUUACAGAGGGUAUUAUGAAAAUGAUCCAUGCCUUUCAAUUGGAUACAGGUUAUGAGUUUUCCAUAGACAACACACCAAAUAAGACCCCAACUGAGAUCAGUGCUUACAGAGACUUAUGGCAGGAUGACACUCGGGCUUGGAGCGACAAUACACCGCAAAACAUUACAGCUACUGGGAUCUCCAAAAAUCGCACUUUGAAGGUGCACUCUGAUCCUCCUUUGACUGAAUUUGUAAGAAGAGUUUCCACAAGAAAUAAAAGGCAGAAAAUAGAGAGAACUCCAGCCUAUGUUGGGAUUGAUUCAGAUUCUUCAGAGGAGCCUUUGUUCAAAACACAUGUUAACAUAAAAUCAACGCUACAUCCAAGGACUGUUAAUACAAAUACUACUCCUCAAAAAGAGAAAGUUGAUCAAAGUGACAAUGAUGAGAAACCUUGCCAAGGAAAAGAAUCAAACCUAUCUCAACCAAUACGGGAGGAGCUGUUUUCAUCAAAAAUAGAUGAUAAUGAUGUGCCAGAGAAUACUGAAAAUACAAAUGUAGGUGAUUAUUCCUGUGCAACUGAAUCUGAAACAGAGCAAAAACAAAUGACCAAGGACAAAUCUGUAAGUGACUUCUGUAGCCCAGAGGCACAUGGCAAAAUCAUUGCAAAUAAGAACUCGUUACAGAUUGCUGCAGAAUGGGUGAAUAAACAAAACUGCACCGAUGGGAACAAACUUUUCACUGACAGAACAAUGCCUUUUUCAGAAAAAAGUGUGUUAGAGAAAGAUGCCAAUCUGUUGGAUAACCAUGAAAAGUUAAACCAGAAAGUUUCCCAUCAAAUGGUUAAAGAUGAAACUGAUUUUCAGAGAAGUAUAAACCAGUCUAAGAAUUCAUCAGUUCCACAGGUGUCCAAGAGAAAAAGCCAGAGAGUCAUGAAGAAAGUCAGUGAAUGGUUAUCCAAGAUUAAUGUUGAUGAGGUGGCAACUCUUGCUGUUGACCCUAAUCCACGUGACCAGAACGUUGAGUCAGAUUCCUUAGCAGAAAGAGAGAGCCCUGCCUCUGAUGAGGAAGCUUCUAGUGCAGAAGAUGCUGAAAAUGUUAAAAACGGUCACCUCUCCUCUUUCAAACAAAAAAUGCCAAAAACAACUCCAGCUGACAUUAAAAACAAAAUCUUUGCGAAAACCUAUAAGAGAGACAAGAGAAAAAGUGUUCCAGUAAACUGGAGUUUUAAUUCUGACAGUAAGAGUGAUGAUUUGACUUCUCACAGAGAAGACAUUUUUGACAGAUGCAGUAAAACUCAGAAAGCAAAAAGAAAAAGCAAUGGACUGAACCCUGAAGACUUUAUAAAGAGGACUGUAAGUGAAGAAGAUAAUCGUGACACCGGUGUUCAGAAUGAAAAUAACGAAAUAGACCCCAAAGAGAAUGUUCCGGUAUUUAAGAACAUUGAAACGGAGACAAAUAAAGAAAUAUUAGAUGGGUCAUCUGAUAUCAAACAAAUUGACAAACUAGUUGUUACCACACCAACCAAAGUAGCAAUUAGUAAUGACAUAAUAAUGAAGGAUUCUGAGCAAAAUGUGCAGCAGCUCAAGUCUGAGUUGUGUAAGACAGAUGCUGAAGGCAAGAAAAAAAUGAGCAAAAGUUUGGGGAAAAAAGGGAAAAAAUCAUCAAUAGAUCGGACCAAAAAAAAAACUAAACCCUUGCAGCUGGUUAAUCACAUUGUCAGAGCUGACGGAAGCCCGAGAAGCAACCCAAUUUUUAUGGAUGAGAACAAGAUUGAUAGUUUCCCUAGUAGUGAAGAACCAGUGAAGGCUGAACUAGAAACUAGGAUUACCAGAAGAAGCAGCAGACUGAAAUUGCUGGAUGAAGAGUUGAUCAUGCAAGACAAAAACAAAGGGAAAAAAUCUAAAUUGAUCAGGUCACAUUCAGUCCUCUCACCUAGUGCAAGCUUUGCCCCUUUUGCAGAGCCUAUUGAGAAAAAUACUGAAGAAGGAAUGGUGUGUUUAGAAAGUGAGAAUUUACCAAUGCAGGAUGUUAUAGUUCAGACUUGUAAGGACCAUUUACCAGAUGCUGACUGUUCAAAGCAAGACUAUGUCGCUUCUAAUGAAUCAUUUGCUAACUCUGUGGUAGAAGAGCUUGAAGGCAGUGCUGUAUGUCAGUUAAAGGACUGCCACAAAACAGCAGAAACCAAGGAUGCUGCAGUGCUAGCUGAACAUCCAUUACGCUCUGAUCACUCUUCCUUCGUUGCAGCAUCUGGCAGAAACUCUGAGGCUUCAGGUUCGGAAGCCAGCUUGUUACUACUUGCACCUCAGCUAGUUCCAGGGGAAAGACCUAGUGACCCUCAGUUACAUUGCAGGUAUGUGGGUAAGGGUGAAGUGACCCCAUGUGGAAGUCGUUCCAGAGCAAGAACAGUAAUGAACAAAGCAAACAGCAGUGAAGAUGUAUCCAUCAAACAACGGACAAGAUCAAAGGAGACAAAUGAAGACAGUGAAGUAGACACUGAACUUCUUCUAAAGUCUUUCAGGUUAUCAAAACGAAGAUCAUUCAUUCUUAUGGCAGCCACAGAGCAUCAGGCUGCACAAGAUGCAUGUACAACAGCUCCAGAUACCCAGUGUAUUGAUAAUGUAGCUGCUUGUAAUUCAGAGGAGAUCAAAACAGAAGAUGCAGUAAUCAGAGACACUGAUGGAAAUGAUGGUACACAUCAGGAACUGGGAAAAGUCAAUUUGGAUAAAAUUGAUUCUCCAAUUCAAAAUGCUAAGGUGGCUAGUGAUGACAAAAGCAAACUUUGCACAUUUAAUUUGGGCAAUGUGCAGCAACUAUUGAAUAGGGAAAAUGGCAAUUCUGUAGAAAUUGUGCCUCCAACAGCCUCAACGCUUGGAUCACCUCUACCUUCUGUACUUGCACAGCAUGUCCAGAAGGUGGUGCCUCCAUCAAGGAGCAGAUCGAAGGGAAACAGGUACACCAGGUUGCUCAGAAGGAAAGGAUUAAACUGUAGUAGCUCAGUGGUUACUACAGAGAAAGAAAUAUUUGAUUCUGAUAGAUCAAGCCAAGCCAAAGCUAAUGAGCAGUUCUUUAGCAAUGCAAGAGACAAUUCAUGGCACACAAAAAACACAAAAAUAGUCAAAAACAGAGGCUUAGAAGUAGCUGUCGGCCAGGAGGCUCAGCACGAUUUCUUAAGCACAAGACUUGCAUCCAGUGCCCUUCCAGAGUCUGAAUUAUUGUUUUCAACAAGAGAUCUGCUUGGCCAAGAAGCAAGUGAAAAAGAUAAUCGUCAAGAAAAUACUUCAGAAAAAUUGCCAAAAGAGAGAGGACUCUAUAAAACUGGCAACUUACCUCUAAAUGGUCUCUUGGCUGUAGAAAACACCACAGAAAACAAGUUGGAUAAGUCAACUGAUGUUGCAAGAUGUCACACUCAGCCUACGUUCAUGAACACGCAACAAAGCACAACUGUCAAAAAUGAAACUAGUGAGAACAAAUGUCCAGAGAUUUCACAGAUAUCUUCCAUUACUCCUGACGGGCUGUUGGACAAUACUGAAGGAACCCUAAAUAAAAUCAUUACAAAAAUUGUGGAUGAACUGGAUGAAGUACAAAGUGUGUACGAGUUGAGACCGUGUGAAGAGCAACUGAGACAACAUGAAGCUGCAACGGAGAAACCUGUGAGCUCCUCCCAUUCGAAGUCCUCAACUGAAGGUCAACUUAAAGGCCGGAAGAAGCGACCAGUUAAACUAUCAACUUCGGAAUCUGAAACAAGUGAUGAAGAGCUGCCAUGUUUUCAGAUCUUUGGAUUCAACAGCUCGCGGUCAAAUGCGCCAACUGUGUCAGAAAGCCCCUCAGUUACAGGAUAUCUGUCUUUAAAAGGCUCACCAGGACAAGCCUUUUCAUUGCCCAACAGCAGCACAGAAAUUAAAAAAACUGAUUGUUCUGAAGCAAAUAAAUUGGAAGAAAAUGUAGGUAGUGAAGGCUCUCUCAAAAAUAAAUGCCUUUCCCCAAGCCAAGAAUCUGGAGAAUCUCCUGAUUUGUUCUCUUCUCAGUCUGAUGGUUCAUCCCCUGAUGCCAGUCCCCAACCAAAAAUGAGCAGGAAGACUCUGAGACAAAUAAAUGCUUUAAGUGUAACUGAAUUGGAAAAUCAAGAAGAAAAAAAUUACAGCACAGUUGAAGAAACAGUGGGAGCUCAACAUCUUCAGCCACCGUGUUUAGAAGGUGAGAACGUACCUGUUAAUGAUAGUGAAGCCAGCCACAUAGGUGACUCGUCUCCAGAGAGUGAGAUUCUAACCACACAGCAAAGACAUGCAAUACAGGAUAACAUCAAGAAACUUGAACAUGAAAUGGCUGUGCUUGAGGCAGUCCUGGAUGAACAUGGAAGCCAAGACUCUGAACACCUGCUGUCAAUGAAUGACCGAGAAGACUGUCCAGAGUUAAUUGAAUUUAAUGGGAGUGAAGUGACUGCUGACUUUUACCAGGGGCACAUUGAAAAUUUGCAAAGCAGAUCAAGAUGUCUUCCAGCAGCUGAAGUCCUAAAUACAAGUGUAACUUUUAUGCAUGAGGUCCAAGAGAAGUCUGAAUGCCCAGAAUCUCUUGGGCAUUUGGAAAUUAGACAAAUACCAGAGAAACACCAAGCUGCGAAUGACUUGCUGGACCAAUUCCAAGCUAAAGCUGGUUCUAAAAACGAAAUGAUCAAUUCUCCAAAUGCAGCACAGAAGGAAGGGGAGACAAAGGUGCACGUAAACUCAGAUUGUGAAGAAAGCCAAUCUACAGAGAAUGUAGUCGGCAAUGCAAGUACAUUACAGCCUGAAAAUGAGAAUGCUAACAGAAGGACAAUGUUGCAAAGCUCUGAGGAAAGCAAAUCUUCACCAACUUCAUCUCCUGUUUUCAACAAAACUUCAAACGCCACCAAGAACACAGUUGUGACAAUCCAAAGAAACAUGUCCUUAGUAGCCUCUGGUCUGAACAAAAAUGAAAAUCUAUUGGUUGAAACGUUUGCAAGAAAAACAGGGGCCACAUUUCUCAGUACUUUUUCAACCAGCACAACCCAUGUCAUCAUGAAAACAGAUACAGAUCUAGUUUGUGAGAGAACGCUGAAGUACUUCAUGGGAAUAGCGGGGAGGCGAUGGGUCGUCAGUUAUCAAUGGAUCAUUGAGUGUUUCAGAAAAGGAAUGGUAAUUGAUGAGCAUGAGUUUGAGGUGAAGGGUGAUGUAAUCAAUGGAAGAAGUCACAAUGGCCCAAGAAAAGCAAGAAAAACACCAGAUGAAAAACUUCUGUUAAGCCAUUACGAGGUUUGCUGCUUUGGUUCUUUUACAGGUAUGAGCAGAGAUCAGCUAGAGUGGAUGGUAGAGCUCUGUGGUGCCUCAAUAAUUAAGGAACCUUAUUUAUUCACCUACAGUCCUAAUCGUACUGCAGUGGUGAUUGUGCAACCUGAUGCUAAUCCAGAAAACACUGAUUAUAGAGCAAUCCAGAGACAGUACAACAACUUUGUAGUCACCAGAGAAUGGAUUUUGGACAGUGUUGCUUGCUAUCAGAACCAUCAACUAGAUGCAUAUCUAGUCUGCCUUCCGCAUUGAAACUCCUGUACAAGCUGGACAUCCUGAAGAUGUAUUUGAUAUUUAUGUAGAAUGUAAAUAAUAAAAAACUGAAUUGGUCACUCUUUAUGAAAAGGUUGAGCAAAAUUCUAAUCAUAAAUAUGAUUGUAGAGAAACUGCAUUUUAAUUAUCUCAUUCGUUUCUUUCUGUAAACCCAGUCUACUGGGUCCAGUGUUUCAGGAGUGGUCUAAUGUGCCCUUUUUUUUGUGCAGAUGCUCAGUGUGCACACCAUAUCCAGUUAUUAUAUGUGGGCCCUGAUGAACACACAACAAUUUUGAAUGGUAGCUGUAGAGCUUCACCUCCCUCACCAGCUAGUGCACUGCAUUCUUGUAAUAAAAUUCAGCUUCAGAAGUAAUCAAAAAUAUUGCCUAUUGACAGUGAUGGCAACACAAUAUAUAGGCCUUACCAACAUACAAUAAUCCCACCUACAAAGUUCAUAGUUAUUAUGCUGGCUUUUUUUUCCAGUUACUGAAGCAAAACCGAUUUCUACUGAGUAAAUGUUUUGCUGACAGUUUUAGAUUAAAAAAAUAUUUUCAAGGUUUGAUUUUCUUAGUUCAUGUUAAACACAGUUCUAAUGUUUCCUAGCUUCUGUCAUACUAAUGUCUACCAUGGCUUAUUGAUGACAUAUUCACCUGGAUUGGAGAUUGAGUUCAAGUGUGACUCUAAGCACUUAAGUACAAAACUUUAGGAUUGACACUAGUACAUUGCUGAGGGACUGCUGCAGUAUUGGAGUUGUCACCAUUUGGAUGAGACAUUGAACUAAGGUCCCUUUUGUUUCGGUGAAUGUAAACUGUGCUAUAGUAUUUUGAAGGGGCAAAUUGUCACCUUUUAUCGUGGCAAGUAUUUAUCCCUCAAUCAGCACCAUUAAACAAAAUAUCCAGUUAUUCAGCUUGCUGUAAUGCCACUUUGCUACAUUGUAAUAAGUUCUCUGAAAUGUCCCUAGAACGGGAAUAAGACUUACAUAAACCCAAGUCUGUCUUAAACUUUUCCAAUGUCAGUGAUAUAUACUGUAGCCACAGAAUUCUACAAUAAUUGUUCCUUUUGUGCAUUCAAGAGCUAUUUUUCUGGAGAUGUAGGAGAAGGAAGAAAGGUGCUCAAUCAUGAACCUACAGACUGUCUUUAAACAGCAAAGAAGUGUUGGUCUUCAUCUGAUAAAGGCAGUAGCUUUUUUCUUAAACCUAUGCAAUCUAAAUUUAUCAGCAAGAACGUUCUGUCUUCACUCAAUUUCAAAACUAUUAAUUCUUCAGUUGAUAAAUUUAACAGACUGUAUCGGUGAUUGAAAACUUGAUAGUUUUUUUUGCUUUUACUUUUGAAUUUCUUUCUUAUUCAUCCUGGUUCCAGUAUUGCCCAUGAAUACAAAUGACAAUUAAUAUUGAGUGUACUUCUGUUCAUUUCUUGUAAGAUGGUAUGAAGUGAUGAGCACCUUCUUCUUACAAUGUGAGUUUGGGAACUCUUGUAGUGCAACAGAAAUCUGAACCAGUUUCUUAUCACCACAUGGUGCUCCACUUUAUCAGUGGGUUUUUCCUCUCCUUUUGUAUAGAAAUGUAAAAUAUCUCUAAUACAAUUUUUAUGUCACUGACAAUAAUGAUUAAAACAAAUUAUGAACUUUCUCAGUUCGUUACCCUUUUGUAAAUUGAGUUCGUUAGGUUGAUCAAACUGGGGAAAAAAAAAAGUCUCAUAGCAAAGUCUCCAUUAUAGUAUUGGGGCUGGUGGGCUGUUCAAUUAAUUGCAAAAUAAAUUUCUGGCUGUCCACUGUUGACAUGUAUCCUGUGGAAUGAUGCUGCUUUUAGCAUAUAAAUGUGGAGGGGCAACUUAAAAUUUUUAAAAAUGGGGCUGUGGUCUAAAAUGAAAAUUUCUUAAACUUUGUGUCUAGAAAUGAAUUUCAGAAAUUCAUGUACAACAAUUAUAAAGGAUCUUAUUAUCUAGGUUCCACUGUCAAAGUUAUGUAGAAAUAUUUUGUUCCACAUAUCUAAUUUGAAGAUCUGUCUCAAGAAUGUUUCUGUUUGCAAGUAGUAUGGGGUGAUGCUUUAGAAGGACAAGAGUUUGGGUGCUGUCCUGUCUUAAAGCUAUACUUCAUUUUUAAAAAGCAAAACAAAUCUAAUUGUUUGAGUAUUGAGUGUAAUUUUUUGGUCAGACAGAAAUUAGUAAUUUGCUUUUGCUCCCUCUUGUAGAUACAAUACUAUCUUUGUAAUGUUACACUUUACAUGGUACCAUUAACGCACAAAAUCACCUCCAAAGCAAUUUGUGCAAAUGUAUGCUAAAAUAUACUGAGUGAACUAGGAAAAGUUUGGAUGGAAAGACCAAAAAGACUGACAGAGGUGGGCAAGAACGGCUGUCUGCUGACUACAUGGCUUAUGGUUCCAGUCCACAGUUUCCACGUGUUCAGCAGCCAUACAAGAGCUAUGAUACAGUGAGAUAUCUGAAACACCAUUAGAUUCCUAAAGCAACAGUUCUGCUGCCUAGACCACUAGAGGAACUGUAGUCCUCAUCUGAACAGCUAUCAGGAUUUAUUGUGUGAUGGGCAGUGAUUUGAUGCUUCUCCACAAGUGUACCAAUUGAGUAUGUCCUGCUGAUAGGCAACUUAAACCCAGUUCCAAAAUGUCUGGCAAUGAUAAUGGUGAGAAAAUGGCUUUUAAAAGAGAAUGGAAAUAAAGAUAACCAUGUAACAGGGAGGAUACCAAAGCUUUGGGAUGAGCACCAAACUUGGCCAUGUCAAUUUUAUGAUUUAUAGUUAAUUAUCUCUCGGAAGUUUAGAGAAUGCAGCCAGGAUUACACAAUUGAAAUCUUGACCAACAAAUGUAGUAGCAGAUCAGGGCCAUGCAUCAGAGAAAUGAAUAGAUUAUUUUUUUGAAAAUGACACACUUCAGAAAUCUAUUGCCAUAUAAAUGUACUGUAUUAAUACCUGUAAAAUGGAAGUAGAUGGCAACUUAUUUUUGCCUUUGUUUUUUGGUGAACUGAUUAUGGAAUUAAGAGUCCUGCAUGAUUAGUAUCAAUGUGUGUUAAACACUAACAUUGCAUUAUUGCAGUGCCAUUGUUAACAAAUGCACAGGCUUUAAGCAUCUGGGACUGCAUUUUGACACAUCUUCGCAUCUGUGCAAUUCAUUAGUUUCCCAUAGAAUUCUAAAUAAGUGUCUUUGUGAUGCCUAUUCUCUAAUUUAGUACCAUCAUAAUAAAUCAUGGAACUUUAAAAUGCCAUUUGCUCCAGCUUGCCUGCCUUUGACUGUGUAACCAAUUUAUCCCAUCAGAGCCUCUAACCUGCUUGUUUAAUGUCCUGAGGAAAUGUUCUGCAUUAUUCAAAUAUCAGUGUUUGCUUUCUGUGGAUAAUCCUUCCAUUGUGACUGUAGCACAGAAUUCAUUGUAUUCACUUUGAUUAUCUUUUUCUUUGCUUAUCUCUGUAACCUUCAGUCUCAUUCCUAAACAAAUGUUCAUGCAGCUGUUUUUUUAAAAUUCACACAUUCUGCAUACCUUGAUAGAUGGAAAGGAGAAACUCCUUUCUAAUUUUUAAUCUCACUUGGAGUUUUCUGGUUUUGCAUUUUAUAUUUGUGUUAUAGUUGUCUGGUUACAUUUAUAUUUACAAACGUGGAUGAUGUCCUGCCAAAAUUCUUUCUUCCAUUAUUUUAAGCCUCUUAUCUCUAAGUCAACCGUAGUAUUUUCCUUAUUAUUUAAAUGUGUUAAUAUGUUUUCAAAGGACUUGUAGGGAACUGUACUAUGUAAUGAUAUAAUCCUGUAUUUGAAAUCAUUUCCAAUCACAAGUCCUCACUAAAGUGCUGUCCUGUCAGUUCCAAUUUUCAACAAAUGUUGCCUGACCUGCUAUGGAUACAAAUAUACCAAGUAUUUUGCCUUUUGA